AUGGAGGAGGUUUGUAAGAAACACCGAGGAACAACUCCACUGUUCUGUAGAGACGAACAGAGAGCUGUGUGUCCUGUCUGUGAGUUUUCUCUGCACCAGAACCACAAAGUGGUUCCUGUAGAAGAAGCAGUCGGUGAGCUGAAGGAGCUGCUGAAAUCUGACUUAAAGUCUCUGCAGGACAAGAGGAACAAAUACAAACGAGUGGAGGAAACAUAUAAAGAUGUGGUUCAACACUCCAAGAAGCAGCUGCUGUCCACAGAGAAGCAGAUCAGAGCAGAGUUCAACAAACUCCAGCAGUUCCUGAAGGAGGAAGAGGAGUCCAGAUUGGCAGCUCUGAGGGAGGAAGAGGAGCAGAAGGGGAGGAGAAUCAGCGGGGAGAGGAAGAAGAUCCAGGAGCAGAUCUCCUCUCUGUCAGACAGCAUCUCUGCUGUUGAAGAAGAGCUGCAGAAAGACAACAUGUCGUUCCUCAGCAGGUACAAACCCACUCGGGACAGAGCCAGAGAGCAGAGCUCAGUGUCAGAUCCACGGCUGCUCUCAGGAGCUCUGGUAGACGAGGCCAAACACCUGGGAAACCUGGCCUUCAGAGUCUGGGAGAAGAUGGGGGACCAGGUCCACUUCAGCCCGGUGGUUCUGGACCCAAACACUGCACACCCCUGUCUCCAUCUGUCUGCUGAUCUGACCAGUGUGAAACGUGGAGAUACAUGGCAGCAGCUUCCUCAUAAUCCAGAGAGAAAUGUCAAGUAUGCCAAUGUUUUUGGUUCCAAGGGUUUGACCUCAGGGAAACUCAGCUGGGAGGUGCAGGUGGGAGAUUAUCCUGACUGGGAGGUUGGUUUGGUUAAAGACUCAGUUGACAGGACGGGAGAGAUACUCUCUCCUUCACCUAAGUAUGGAUUCUGGUGUUUACGGCAUUAUGAUGGAAAAUACACCAAUGGUGAUGGUGAGAUCGUCACGAUGAAGACGAGUCUCCGGAGGAUCAGAGUCCAGCUGGACUAUGACGGGGGGACGGUUUCCUUCUACAACGCUGAAGACAUGAAAGACAUCUGCACUCACAAAUACACUUUCACUGAGAAACUCUUCCCUUAUUUCUGUGUUGUAGAAUCUGGUGAUGCAAAAACUUCUGAGAUCAGAAUCUGUCAGACAAAGAAUAGAUUAACCUGA